UUGAGGGAAGAAGCAGCUGGAGCCACAACAAUAACAGAGGCAGCUUCAGGGGCUGGAAAUCCUUUAAAUGUGACCUUUUCGGCGCCGAUUUUCGUGUCGUACCGGAUGCAAACGGGUCGUUUAUGAGAAAAGACUCCGAAAUAAUUGCGCACAAAGGUGAAUUCAGGCGCUAUGUCGCGUGUUUCAGCGCAUAAAUGACAUUUCGUUGAUGCGAGGCUAGCUGCGCCGUUAGCCUGCGUGCACUGAGCCCGGGUCCGUCGUCGGUUUUCCGUUUCAUGUCACUGCCCUCCGGUACCGCGUGCAGACAUGGAGAGUUUGUACAAGCGGAAAAUGUUCGCGUCCAUGCGGAAAACCAAAGUGGCCGCGUCGAAGAAGCGGCAGAUCGGCCUGCCCGCCUCCAUCCUGGACGACAGUGACGAAGGCUCCUUCUCCUCCUCCUCCUCUUCCUCUGGCUCGCAGUCCGACUUCCAGAGCUCCCCGGAGGAUGACAGUGAGCAGGAGAACCGGGACCGGAGCGAGUCCGGGGGGACCUCCAGCGACGACAGCCGCUCUGUCACCCGCAGAAAGCGCUCCUUCCUGGGAGGCGACGACAGCUCUUCGUCGUCCAGCCGCGGCGACGAGGAUGAAGAGGACGACGAUGAUGAUGACGACGAUGAUGGGGGUGACGACAGGAGUCACCCGAAGAGGAUGGUGCAGCCGAGGAAGAGGAGCAGGCUGCAGCGGCAGGACGAGUCGGACUCGGACCGCGCCGAGGAGAAGCGGAGAGAGGACGCGGAGAAGGCGAAGAGGAGGCAGAGACACAACAAGCUGCUGGCGCUGUCCCGGAGGAUGAAGGCCCGGAUCCCGAGCCGGAGGAGGAGCCGCGUGAAGCAGGCUGCAGGAGACAAGGAAGAGUCUAAAAAAGCUGAGGAUGAGGCCAGUGCUGAAGAUGGAGAUGGAGGAGGUGAAGAAGAGGAGGGCAGCAAGAAAGAAGGGGGUGACGAAGGAGAGAAUGAGGAGGAGAAGGAGGAGAAGCAGUAGGCCUCUGAAAAUGACUCGCAGCUCUUUAUCUGUACAGGAUUCCUGGUUAUAUAUCUUGUCGCUAUGACAACAAACGCUGGUAACGAGCAACAAGGAGAAGAAACGAGGAAGUGGACGGCGGCUCUGAGCUGGCUGUGAGGUCGCUUUUGCUUCAGAUUGAAAACACUCGCUGAUCUGCCGACAGCUCGGUUUUAUUUACACGUUGCAGAUGUUUCCACAUUAAUCUGCCAACAGCUGGAGGCUCCAAGCAGGGCUGACCCUCUGUGACCUCACAGGCAAAAGCAUGGAGUGGUUAAAGUGCAUUUGAGCAGGUGAUCGACACUGUCGGAGGGAGUUAGGAUUAGUGCUUCGUCUUUAUUUUCAUCUGUUUCUGUAACACUCAGAGGUGAGUCUUUUUCUGCAGCGUCCAUCAGAAGGUCACAGGUCAUCAGAGACAGGAAAUAAACUGGAGUUGAUUGUUUUUGUUUGUUUUUGUUUGUUUACCACAACAAAUUGAAAAAAAACAAAUGAAACGUGAGAUUUAUAAGGAAAAAAACUCAAAUUCCCAUAUUUGAAUUUGAGUUGUCCUGGACUAACAGCACAGGGACCGUCUGCACCUACGUCAGGAACCUUUGCUCUCAUUGAUUUUGCUUUGAGUUGUGAGUUUGACAUUUCUGUCUCUUAAAAUUAUGGCUGAAUAUGUCUGACAGAAGAAGCAGACACAGUCCGGUCUGAUCUGCCUCACGUUUGGCUCGAUCACCAGAUGUGGCCCUGAAGUCGUGAGCUGGGCUCGACACGAGCUGCGUGGGCCAGAUGUGACCCGCAGUCUGCAGCACAGCUCACAUCUGGCACAUAGAUGGUGGACCGCCGAGCUGCAGCAGCCUGAGUCACAGCCAGACGUGGGCCAAAUAUUCCUGCUAUCUCAGUUAUAUUUAACAGGUUUGAAGCAGCAGAUCUUUUUUGCCUUAAAAUACAAAAACGUGCUCGUUUUCUGUGGUUUGAGUCACAGCUCUGUUUGAGAGGCCAACAAAAAGCCAGUAAGAGGUCCUUGAGUUCGGUCAGAGGAAAUUCCUGCCGGCAGAUCAGCAGGUGACUAAAACCAGGGCGACAUCUUUCCUCGAUUUGGAGCACGGAAGCUGCUCCGGAUGGUUUUCCCAGAGGGGAGGGAGGGCAGCUCAGUGGGCGGGGGACGUGGGACUCCGUGUCAUCUUUAAGACAGAAGCCGAGCACGACUCCCAGAAGGCAUUGCUGUGACUCUUUAGUCAAUUCUUAACGGCGGCGUUGUGAAUAUGCUAAAACCUCUUAAUCCAUGGCCCCAGAGGAUUCUGGGUGUUGUAGUAUUUAGAGACAUUCUUAACCGACAGCGCUCUGACUCGUUUAUGUCGCACUUUCCUGCUUUUUAUUUCCAAGAAGAGCUUGAAUUUGAUUGGUCGCCGCUCUUUUUCAGGUGUGACGGCCUCGCAGUCCAGUCGGCUCUGUUCCUGUACAGCAGCUUUUUCAUCUGUCGCAUUUUUUGAAGAAAUAUUUUCUUUUUUUUUGAUAGUUUUGUCCAUUUGUUUUUCAAAAUGCCUCCUCUCCGGUCGUCUCUAGUUUUGCGUUAUCUCACUGUCAGCUGAAUACCUUUGAAUGUUGAACAAAGCAAGAACUUCAGACAUGUUUAUGAAACGCUGUGAUCACAAUCAGAGAAAUAUGAUUCUUCUCCUUUGUGGACAUCAUGAGGCAUAGUUGUUCUUGCAGUGUAGUAAAACCAAAUUAUUUGUCAGAUAGUUGCAUCAGUAGGUUCUCAGUCUUCCGGGUCACUGUAGCCGAGAGUGCUUAAGAAGGAGGCAGCUGGACGUCUUCAGGUUCAUGAAGGGUUCUCAUCCCAGAGGCUUCACAGAGGUGGUGGUUUACCACACCAGCUGCUAGCAGGUCCCUUCCCAGGUGUUUGAACCCCUCACAGCUUGACUCAGGGGACCUCAAAGGCUCCUGUGAGGGUGGGGCGAGGCAGUGUCUUACAGAGGGUUCAGACUCAGUGCUGGUAAUGAGGGAACAGCCCCCAUUAGGGGUUAAAUUCCUGGGACUCCCUGCUUGGGUUAUACUCUGUCAUAUCACCUGUGAUGUAGAAGUGUCAUAUUAUGAUAUCGUUGCUAUAACAACACCGUGCUUACACACUCCCGAGACAAACCAGCAUGUCUGAGAGCAAGAGCCACGCGUCAGCCUCCAGUGAUGAAGAGCAGAGCUGCUUCAACCUCCAACAAAGCGCAGACGGCAACACACCGUCGAGUACAAGCAGGCUGCGAAGGAGGGGAUGCGAGCGUGGUCAUAUGCAAGACAAAUGUAAACAAAUGCCUCCACCGAGCAUCGCUAGGAGCACCCCGUGUAACAGGAAGAGCGAGCGGUGGAUGGGAAUUAGUGAUUCAGUUACAUGGUGGAAAAACAGGCUUAGUAGCUCGCUUAAAAGCUUGAGCCAAGAUGCAGCAUCCCAGGUAGAAAAUACUUUUCACGUCUGUUGCAGCUCCUGGAGAGUCACAAGGUUAAAGUCUAGUUAUUGCUGCAUCACUGUAAUCCUGCUGCUGCUCGUGGCACUUUGUUUCAAUACAGUCACACUUCACAUUCUUCCUGAUUGUAAUUAUGAAGCUAUUUAAAGUGUGUCAUCAAUGACAGCAGCUCAGUGGAAAAGGCCUGAUAUCAGGUCAUUUUGAGUGAGAAACAGCAUUUCUAUCACAGGGUAGAAGCUGCACUCAGUUUUUGGCAAAGUUACUUUUAUAUAUUUGU